AUGGGAGUCUAUUGUUCCAAGAAAGAAGUAGUCGAGGCUUAGUCUUCGAGUUUUAUCUAUCAAAGAAACAGGACGACCAGCCUAGAAGAGCAGAUAAAGGCAAGAUGCCCUAAUUCCUCAGCUAAUUUUGAAGAUGAAAAUUCGCAUUCCACAAAGCAUUCUUCAGAAGGUAAGAUGAAAUGCACCAAGGUCUGCUUUAUAUGUCAUGAGCGAGUGAGGCUGGAUCAUAGUUGCACUAACUAGAUGGUCAAGGAUCUUGAGAAGCACAUGGACAAGGAUUAAUUAAUGGACAUUUUGAUGAAGAUCAAGCAGUAGGUGUCAAAGGAUGAGCAGUCUCUGGUGCCUUAUCUGCACUGGGGCACAAACGUGGCACUUAUCUUUAACCCAUUUACUCAGGGUCUGCAGCGCACAGAACUUGCCAGAAAUAUUCCCGAAUUCAGCAGAACAAUUCUAGCAAGAGAGAACAGGAUUUUCUGCAUAGGAGGAUAAGACAGUAGCACUAUGAAGUCUCUGCCAACCAUAUUUGAGGUGGAUAUUGAAGAGCAUUAUAGAAUUAAGGACAAGAUGAACAUGAAUCAAGCGAGGUUUCAUCAUACUGCGGUCUAUGAUUAAAAAUACGACUUUAUUUUUGUAAUUGGAGGUAUGACUAGCAAUUCAAUGGGCAAUUAGUUCAAAAUGCUAUCUAGUUGUGAAUUUUAUAGAGUGUAGCAGAAUGAAUGGAGUAUAAUGCCUAACUUAAAAGUUGCGAGAGAUACAUGCGCUGCUUGCUUAUUUGAUUCUUAAUGGGUAUAUGUAUUUGGUGGCAGGGUCUAGUUUGAGAAAAGACAACUGACCAACGUCAUCGAGAGAGCCUUCUUUUCAAGAAUAGACGUAUCUUAAUGGGAAGAGAUUACUCUUCAAGGAAGGCAAAGAAUUAUGCCUGAAUUCAAUGUUGGAAUGUGCCAUUAAGUAAAUGAUACAGAGUUGGUAAUAUUUGGAGGAAAGGAUACUUACAACAAAUAAACAAGAGAAGUGCUCUACUUUGAUACAAGCUCAUUUUCUUUGAUUCAUAGAAAAUCCUAGGCAUAGUCAAGAAAAUCUUCAAACGUUGAUGAAUAGCUAUCACAAGCAAAGACUUUAUAGAAAAAUUAUUCCACAGCUUAAAUUACAGUAAAGGAUUUCAGGAUGCCUCUGGAGAUAGAGGCUCCAACAUCUCCUUUCCAAAUAGCAAAUAAUUUAUUUGUCCUAGGUUGGAGUAAGGAAACAAACGGCAUUCAUUUGCUUAGACUCUCUCUCAUCAAUUUGAAUUGGAAGGAGGAACUUGACUUUACUAGUUACCUUGCCUCUGAUGUUGAUUGA